ACAAGGACCGCCACAUUGAUGAUAUAAAACCCCACAUAAUACCCACGAGAAAAACAUCAAACUUCUUGAAUAUUUAGACUUACAUAGUAUAAUAACUACUCGAAAUCACAUCUUUAUUACAUCUGCCCGAAAAUCUCGGAAGUUUCUUUAAGUGAGUAGAGUUGAGAGAGCUAGCCAUGUCUACUUUGACUGCUUCUAUGAUUCUUUCCCCAAAGCUGAAGCCUGGUUUUGAGCAACAAGGGUCUCUUUACUUCUACACAAGAUCAAGAAAAUCCAAGAAGAACCAAUCUUUAGUCCCUGUUGCUAGAUUAUUUGGGCCAGCUAUAUUUGAAGCUUCAAAGCUGAAGGUUCUGUUUUUAGGAGUUGAUGAGAAGAAGCAUCCUGGGAAUCUGCCAAGAACUUAUACACUAACACAUAGUGAUAUAACAUCUAAAAUCACUCUUGCAAUUUCUCAGACUAUUAAUAAUUCUCAGAUACAAGGAUGGUAUAAUAAACUGCAAAGAGAUGAAGUGGUUGCGGAAUGGAAGAAAGUUCAGGGAAAAAUGUCUCUUCAUGUUCAUUGUCACAUAAGCGGUGGCCAUUUUCUUCUAGAUAUGUUUGCGAGGCUUAGAUUUUUCAUCUUCUCAAAAGAAUUGCCUGUGGUGUUGAAUGCAUUUGUUCAUGGAGAUGUGCAUCUGUUUAGUCAUUAUCCAGAACUAGAAGAGUCCUUAGUUUGGGUUUAUUUUCACUCAAACCUUCCAGAAUUCAACAGAGUAGAGUGCUGGGGACCGCUCAGGGAGGCUGCAGCACCGUCUAGUGGGGCCCCUUCCGCCGACCAGAAACAAGAGGAAGAAGAGAAGCAAACGCAAGAAACUCCAUCAAAAAUUAACUGGAAGAUACCCCAACCAUGUAUAGAGGAUUGUGAUUGUUGCUUCCCGACCAUGAGUUCAAUCCCUUGGCUUCAACAUACUUUUACGCAAACCAGUGAUGAAACUACCCAGAGCUUGCCUGAGCACCAAUAAAACCUGGCAGCUAAGUUGACGACGACGACAAUGAUAAUAUAAUAAUUUAGAUCAGUAUUGUAGUCUUACUAUGUUCUUCAUCUCUUCUAUCUUGUAUAUAUGAAAUAUUGUUGUAAACUGUAAAAUGUAAAUACAAGGUUUUUUUAAAUUUUUUUUUUUUA